UUUUUUCAUGAUUGUUCUUAAGUCGACCUGUUUAUAACCCGUCAACCACUACGUUCACUGAAGCCCCGAAUCAUCAAGUCGGACUACCGGAGAUCGUAUCAUAGCCCACCAUGCCGUCUAAAGGUGUAAAGUGUUACGCCUACAUCGCGGCGCCAAAUGUCGAGAUCGAAUUCUCCGUCCCGAAGCAAUCCGUCACCCAACGCGACCAAAAACGCUUCACCAUCGACCACCUAGAAGUCGAUGCCAAGAACCUCGGACCCUUCAAACUCACAGGCCGCUUCUCCUUCAAAGUCCGACGCAAUGGUCAAGACCUCACCGAGCAGUGGAUCGACAUCAACUGCCUCACUGGCGCUCUUGGAGACGGCACCAUGAAUAACAUGGACCAGACGCCCAGCAUCUUCGUCGAGGACCUGGUCAUCACGUACGGCUUCUACGACGCUGGGCCGGGACAGGCAGGACUCCCGAGACAGCACCAGUGCUACGUGACGGUAACUCGCAAUAACCAGGACUGGAUGAGGGAACUAGCGCCUCCGGGGAGCCCCCAAGCCGACAAGCCUUUCCACAGACUCGUCCUCCCCUGUCCUCACGACGUCGGCAUGAACAGCAUGCAGACCUCGCUCGCCAUAAUCCAGAGAGCCGGAACGGGCACCAUCAAAGAGAUCAUGGGCCAAAGCCUCCCAGGCGCCCUCGCGGUGUUGAAUAAAGUCGCUGAUACGGCGGUCGGGCACAUCGCCCCAGACAUUGUGCGCGCUCUCGCCAUCACGCAGAAGGAUACCCUCGAUACUAUGCUCAAGAUUGGGGCUAGAUACUUUGAGUUUCGCCCGGCCAAGUGUCAUCGUUUGAUGCAGAGGGUCAGUCCGUUGGAGGAUACCUUGUACUUCCAGCACGGGGCGAUUCCGGGGAUGCUGUAUAAGGAGUUUCUGACCGGGGUGGUGGGGUUCCUGAAAGAGCGAAGGGACGAGAUCGUCGUGGUACAGAAUCGAUGGGACGGCGUGCCGGGGGAUUGUCCGAGGGGAACGGAUGAGGAGAUGAGGGCCGUGCUGGACGAGGUCCUCCGGGAUUCGGACCUACAAGUCGGGAAUCUGGAUGAUAUGCAGAGGAUGAGUAUCCAGGAUCUGAGGAACGAAAGGAAGAGGCUCAUCAUCACGCGCGACGUCAACCAGGUCUCCAACUACGAUGAUGCCGCCAGCGCGACGCUGAACGGCGAUACCAUUGUGGCGAAGCUGACGGAGAUGUCGAGGGAUCCACCCAAGGGGCACCCGAUUGUAUUGCUGCAGUGUCAGGCUACCUCGACGAACAUUAGGGAUGUCAUCGUUGCUAGCGUUAUGGAUUCGGACGUCUCGACUAGCCCUCUGUUGGCGACGAAGGGGAUUUGCGAUGCGAAGAUUCUGCCCUUGUUAAGUGGGGAGACGGGGAAGAAUCUCGUGAGGGAGGAGGGGUUGGUUGUGCUCAUGAACGAUUUCAUUGAUGGAGGGACGGUGGAUGUGGCGAUUUCGUUGUGCAGAGACAGGUUGGGUUGAGAGGAAGGGUAUGUUCAUAAGGCUCGAGGUUUAGAAGAGACAACAUUGAGAAAGUCUAAGACGUACAAGCAGCUUGAUAGCCAG